AUGGGUAUCCUUAAGGCUCAAGAUGGCACAUCGGAUCCGAUCAUCACGCGCAUGGUCGCGGAGGACAAGGUGCCAUGGUACAAGAAACCCAAUCUCAGGGUGAUGUACAUCUGGCUCUUCCUGUGUUGUAUGGGCGUAGAGAUGACAUCGGGGUUCGACUCGCAAUUGAUCGGCACGCUGCAAUUUUCGCAGCCGUUCAACAAAUACUUCGGCAAUGGGUACAAAACCAAGAACGACAAAGGCGUGUUUCAGUGGGACAUCGAAGCAGGCAUACUCGGCUUCAUCUCAUCUUGCUACCAACUUGGAUCUAUCUUAGCAGUACCCAUCGCCCCCUGGAUUAACCAGCGGUACGGGAGACGCUGGUCCAUCAUGAUCGGCUCUCUGACUAUGGUUGUGGGGGCGCUCUUGCAAGGUUUCGCUCAGCACAUCGGCAUGUAUAUAAUCGCGCGAAUGCUUCUUGGUGUCGGCAUUUUAUUCGCCAUCAUCUCAGGAUCUGCACUCAUUGGAGAACUCGGUUACCCAAAGGAGCGUGCAACCCUGACGUCGCUCUUCAAUGCCUCGUACUUCAUUGGAUCUAUCCUCGCUGCAGGCAUCGCGAUACGCACUACCGGAAUCGCUGGGGACUGGAGCUGGCGAGUCCCAUCUCUCUUGCAGAUUGUCCCCUCGUUACUACAGAUCUGCACCGUUUUCCUGCUUCCAGAGAGCCCUCGUUGGUUGAUCAGCAAAGACCGCGACGAUGAGGCUUACGCCAUCCUCACCAAGUAUCAUGCUGAGGGGGAUGCCAACUCUCUCCUCGUACAAGCCGAAAUGGCCCAAAUUCGCUCCACCAUCAAGAUCGAAAUGGAGCACUCUACCCAGUCCUGGCUGGACCUCUUCCGAACAGCUGGUAUGCGCCGCCGCGCCCUCAUUGCCGGUUUCCUCGGCCUCUUCACUCAAAUGAGUGGCAACACCCUCCUUUCGUACUUCCAGAACCUGCUGUUUCCGCUGAUGGGCUUCACCAGCAACUACGCAAAAACACGCAUCAACAUCGCCAACCAGUGCUGGAGUCUGAUCAACGCAGUUAUCAUCGCCGUAAUCGUAACCCGCUUCCGUCGCCGCUGGAUGUUCAUGCUAUCCGCAUCUUCCAUGAUGUUCGUCUUCAUGAGCAUGACAAUCUGUUUCCAGCGACUUGAGCACGCCAAACUGCACAAGUACGGUAACCAAUCCGCACAGUACGCUGCUUUGUUCUUCUACUUUGCUUACUCGCCCUGCUACAACAUCGGAAACAACUCUCUGACGUACACGUACCUCGUCGAACUCUUCCCCUACGCCCAGCGCUCCAUGGGCAUCGGGUUCGAGCAGAUCUUCGGCAAGCUGGGCGGCUUCUUCUCUAUCAACGUCAAUCCGAUUGCCAUGCGGGCGCUGAGCUGGAAGUACUUCGCCAUCUACUGCGGGUGGAUCAGCUUUGAGUUCUUGUUCGUGUACUUCAUGUACCCAGAGACGUACAACCGCACGCUUGAAGAGCUCACAUUCUUGUUCGAAGACAAGGAGCUCGCUGAUAGAGCAGUCAAGGCGGUGGAGAAAGAGGUCAACGCAGCGCACGGUGACGCUGAGGAGCACGGUACCAAGUCGCACGUCACGGCUGUGGAACGUGCCAUGUGA